AUGCACUUGCAUUUGUCACAUUGCCCCCUCCCUCUCUAUGAUCAACCAUCUUUGCUUAACUCUUCGUCUCUUGUCACUCUUGAUAUUUACGAAAUUUCCCAACCUUCUCCAUUCUCUUUUUUCCCGAAGUGGGUGUUGGGACUGAAGAAACUUGUUUAUCUUGGUUUAAGAUAUACCUUCUUCGAAGGUCCAUUUCCUGAAGAUAUUCGAAACCUCACACUUCUUGAAAAUCUUGACUUGUGUGGAAAUUUAUUCUUAUCUUCUAUACCUGAUUGGUUUUACAGUAGUUUUCAUCAUCUCACGUCCUUGAACCUAAGGGGCAACAACUUGCAUGGAACUAUUCCUGAUGGCUUGGGAAAUGUGACUUCUCUUUUAAGACUUGAUUUAUCAGACAAUCAACUUGAAGGACCAAUUCCAACUUCUUUGAGUAAUCUCUGCAGCUUAAGGGAGAUAUACUUCUCAUAUCUCAAACUGAACCAACAGGUUAAUGAAAUUUUAGAAAUUCUUGCUCCUUGUAUUUCCCAUGGACUCGUAGUACUUGAAGUUCAAAAUUCUCAUCUUUCAAGAAAUUUGACAAAUAAAAUUGAAAAAUUUAAAAAUAUUGACACACUAGAUUUUUCUUCCAAUAAAAUUGGUGGAGAACUUCCAAUAUCACUUGGAAAGCUUUCAUCAUUGAGAUCUCUUAGUCUGUUCGAAAAUCAAUUUAGUGGAAAUCCAUUUGAAAGUCUUGGAUUACUCUCUAAAUUGUCAUACCUUCAUAUUGAUGACAAUCGUUUUCAAGGAGUUGUGAAGCAAGAAUAUCUUGCAAAUCUUACUGGAUUGAAGAAUUUGUAUGCAUCAGGGAAUAAUUUGACUUUAAAAGUGGGUCCAAAUUGGCAUUCUACUUUUCAGCUUCAAAAUUUGGAUAUGAGUUCGUGGCAGUUAGGUCCCAACUUUCCAUCGUGGAUUCAAUCACAAAACAAAUUAAACUAUAUAAAAAUGUCCAACACAGGGAUUGUAGAUUCUAUUCCCCGAUGGUUUUGGAGAACAUUUUCUCAAGCUUCUUAUCUAAACUUCUCCAAUAAUCAUAUCCAUGGAGAGCUUGGGACUACAUUAACGAAUCCAAUAUCAAUCUCUCAUGUUGAUCUAAGCGCAAAUAACUUAGGUGGCAAGUUGCCCUCUCUUUCAAACGUCGUGGGUUGGUUAGAUCUUUCAAGCAAUUCAUUCUCCAAAUAUAUGGAUGACUUUUUAUGUGAAAAUCAGGACAAGCAAAUGCAAAUGCAAUUUUUCAGUCUUGCAUCAAAUAAUUUGUCAGGAAAAAUACCUGAUUGUUGGAUGUUUUGGCCAAAUCUAGUGGAUGUAAACUUACAAAGCAACAAUUUUGUCGGGAACUUACCCUCAUCCAUGGGUUCAUUGGCAGGGCUACAGUCUUUACACAUCCGUAACAACUCACUCUCGGGAGCAUUUCCUACAAUUUUGAACAAGACAAAUAAACUGGUUGUCUUGGAUCUUGGGGAAAAUAAAUUUGCCGGAAGCAUUCCAGCUUGGGUUGGAGAAAGUCUUUUAAAUAUAAAAGUUCUUAUCCUUCGAUCAAAUAGAUUUUUGGGUCAUAUUCCUAAUCAAAUAUGUGAUAUGAGUCUUCUACAGGUUUUAGACCUUGCACAAAAUAAUUUGUCUGGAAAUAUACCAUCUUGUUUCAAUCGGUUGAAUGCCAUGACUCUGACGAACACAAGUUCAAAUCCUCGUAUCUAUUGUGAGCCAGCAAACAAUACAUUUCUAGAUUGGCCAGUUAGUGUAGUUAGUGUGCUCCUUUGGCUGAAAGGAAGAGGAGAUGAGUACAAAAAUAUACUGGGAUUGGUGACAAACUGUUGA